AUGGGCGGUGAGAUUCACUGGGACUUGUUUGACAAUAACCACAGAUGUGAGAGUAUCCUGUGUGUCAAAUCAAAUCAAAUGUUAUUGGUCACAUACACGUGUUUAGCAGAUGUUAUUGUGGGUGUAGGCUUGUGUUUCUAGCUCGACAGUGCAGUAACAUUAUAAAUAACAAUUUCACAACGUAUACCCAAUACACACAAAUCUAAGUAAAGCAAUGGAAUGAAGAAUAACAGGAACAAUUUCUUGGCCUAAUAACAUAAGAAAUACUCCAUAAAAAAAAUACUGCAAAGUUUCCUAAAUGCUAGAUGCAAGGCAGCCCUCUGUGCAUGUGUGUGCGUGUGUGUGUUACAUUGUGUGUGUGUGUGUGUGUGUGUGUGUGUGUGUGUGUGUGUGUGUGUGUCUGUCACACUGUGGAUCUGUCACAGUGUGUGUCUGUGUGUCACAGUGUGUGUGUCUGUGAGUCACUGUGUGUGUGUGAGAGAGAGUCACAGUGUGUGUGUCACAGUGUGUGUGUUUCACAGUGUGUGUGUCACAGUGUGUGUGUGUCUUGUGAGCCCUGCCAGAUCACACCAGUGGUAAUUCAGUAUAUUAAGGAGAUUUCACAGACCUGUAAAAGAUCAUAGUCCUCUCUGUUCUCCUCAGUAAGAUGAAACACAAACUCUAAAAUUACAUUUGGACAUGGGAGAGUCUCCCUCAGGGAGAGAGUGACAGGGAGCUUUUUUCAGAAAAUGUAAUCUUGGAAUACAUAUAUUAUCUUAUAACAAUAUUUUAUAGCUAAAGGCUUUAUUGGUAUCUACUCCACAACCCUAAUUUGGUCUAAAUUUGUGUUUACUUUCGGUUGAAGCAUAUGCACCUCCCCAGACUGCAAUCAUCCACUUUCGUCUGCUUUCGUAUGUCACCUUGAACACGGCCAUAUAAAGGCUUUAUUGGCUUUAAAGCUAGAAUCCUUAGUUGUUACAUACAUUUUUGACUACUAAAUUAAUGAUAAAUACCAAUUGAUUAUUGAAGAAUAUAACUUAUAAAUGCCUCAUAAGCUUAGUCAAACUGUUAUACAGAUCAGAACCCAAAAUAUUAGCUUAUUUUACUCCAAUGUUUAUAAACAAUGUAAACAAACACUUUUUGACCUCAAAACAUUGUUAAAACUAUCAUUUUGUUAUCAUGGAUGGUUAGUCCUUGCAUCCAUAGCUCUGUCUAUCAAUUUGAGUGGUCACAUUUCUCUAGGGCCUAUCCCUCAGCUUUAUACCAAAACAGAGGUGGGGUGAUCGCUUUAUUGUUUCAACUAAAGAAUCUAGCUUUAGUGUGUACUCCACAACACUAAUUUGGUCUCUCUCUCUCUCUCUCUCUCUCUCUCUCUCUCUCUCUCUCUCUCUCUCUCUCUCUCUCUCUCUCUCUCUCUCUCUCUCUCUCUCUCUCUCUCUCUCUCUCUCUCUCUCUCUCUCUCUCUCUCUCUCUCUCACUCACUCUUAGAAUGUUAGCCCUGCUGUACUUCCUCUUUACCUUCACCUCAUUGGCUGCUUCAGUGGGGAAGACAGGAAGUGGCAGAGGUGGAACAGGAUGUAAGGCGGGCGCUGCAGCCCCCAUUCCGGUACUGCUGGUGUCGUUUGAUGGUUUCAGAGCUGACUAUCUCAGACGGUUCCCUCUACCCAACCUAAAGCUUCUGUACUCACAGGGAGUCCUGGUGGAACAGAUGACUAAUGUCUUUAUCACCAAGACCUUCCCCAACCAUUACAGCCUGGUAAUAUAUAACCUUUUACCCCUGACCUCUAACCCUUUGCGUGUUUUUGGGGUGGUGUACUAACCUAACCUAACCUCUGCCCUCUAACCCCUCCAGGUGACAGGUCUGUAUGCAGAGUCUCAUGGUGUCGUAGCUAGCAAUAUGUAUGACCCCCCGACCCAGAAGCACUUCAUCACCUUCAACAACACCGACCCCUUCUGGUGGAACGAAGCCACGCCACUCUGGGUCACCGCACUGGAUUGUGGGUACAAGACGGGCGUGGCCAUGUGGCCGGGGUCAGACGUGGCGAUCAGGAACAGAACGGCGACUCACUUCAUACCCUACAACCCCUCUGUGACUUUUAGUCAACGCCUGGCCAACGUCACUCACUGGCUGACUGGGGUACUUAACCUCUGACCCCUCGCCCAUAACUCCAUUGUUUUCACUGAAUACUGCUUUUAAGUUUUGUCUCCAUUUCUCUCUCUCCAGGGCCAGGGCAAAGGGGAGGAGCCAGUGUUGUUUGCAGCUCUGUACUGGGAGGAGCCAGACAGGACAGGUCACAUGUAUGGACCAGAAAACACCACCCACAUAGGACAGGCUCUUAAAGAGGUGUGUGUGUGUAACACAUUGUGCUUGUUUGAGUGGUAAGGCUGAAACAAUCGACUGCAGACGAAAGUCGAGGAGUGAAGUUGGGAAAGGUGCAUCUGCGACAGCCUAAAAUCAGAUACUGAUGUGGUUUUCCAACAGCAAGGCUCAGUGCAACAUGGCUUUUCUUUGUAAUGUCGAAAUAAACUCCCCCAUAUUUACAUUUACAUUUUCGUCAUUUAGCAGACGCUCUUAUCCAGAGCGACUUACAAAUUGUCAUCACAGUCGUAUUGGCACUGAAAGGUAUAGAUAGUUAGACAUAGAGCUGGUGCUAAACUGUAACAUCCUGCUAAGUGACCAAUAGAGGAGCUGCUAUAGAAGGAUAAGGGAUGUUAUUGGUGCCAGAAGCAGACUCAGUCAAGACAGCCAAUAGGCUACAGAUGGGGACAUGCAUGGCUGUUCAAUAGUUACAUUUGGUGCAUUAUCCCCCCCCCCCCCUUCCCCUGUACUGCUGUUUGGAAGCAGGUUGAGACUAGGUGAGCCAUGCAUUGAGUCUGGAUUUUGAAAACCUUAAGAAAUGUUUUGUGAAUCCAGACCCUGCAACUUUGGUAUUAGGUAAGAGAAUGCCACAAGGCCGGCUUGAGCAAUGAACGGAAACGAUGUGCAACAACUAGACAAACAGAGACACAGCCUGAGAGAAAGUCUGUUUGGGCCAUCCAUAUAUGUGUGUACAUCGUAUUAUCAAUUGGUGAUGUCUUUGGUCACGUUCGCUUGGGUCAAACAAAAACACUAAUGAUUGGUUGACAAUAGAGCCCCUCACAAUGGAUGGCUGCAGGGUGAAGUUGGGGAAGAGGAACUGCAGAAACUUGCAGUCGACUGACGUAAUGGCGUUUGAUCACAUGGUUAUUGUAAAGUUCAUGCAGUCGUAAUGUAGGCGCAAGUUGGACAAUUUUUAUCCACAUAAUGCGACACUUUGAAUGGCGGUGACCAACGAUGGUCAUCAACUCGACAAAAUUGAUCAACUCAAACACGGACAAUAUUACAUUGCAUUAUAUUGUGCUCAGUUCUGCAAAUGUUUGUAACUGGACGGGUUUGUGUGUGUGUGUGUGUGUGUGUGUGUGUGUGUGUGUGUGUGUUAACAGGUAGAUGACAAUGUGGGUCUGCUGCUGUCAGAGCUGAAGCGUGUGGGGUUGUGGGGGCAUGUCAACGUCAUCGUCACCAGCGACCACGGAAUGGCCCAGUGUUCCACUGAUCGCAUCAUCAGAUUGGACGACUGUCUGCACCCUGACAACUACUCGGUAGUAGACCUAACCCCUGUCGCUGCUAUCAUACCCAACGGAGGUAUACACACACACAUAUACUCACUUACUGUGAGUGAGAAGUUUGUGACUAGUUAAAGGAGAUGUUGUUUAAUGUGUGUGUGUGUGUGUGUGUGUGUGUGUCAGAUCCCAAGGCUGUGUUUUCCCUAUUGAGUGGUUGCCACGCCCACAUGACUGCGUACCUGAAGAAGGACAUCCCUGAUAGGCUGCACUACAGGAACAACGACAGGAUUCAACCAAUCAUAUUAGUCGCUGAUGAGGGAUGGACUAUCGUACAGAGGGGAGGGCUACCACAUCGUAAGGCUGUUUUACAUGCUCCCCUCCCCCCCCCUCCCCCCACUCCCCUUUCCCCCCACCCCCCUAACCCUCUGCCUGUGUGUACCCUCCAGUAGGUGACCACGGCUAUGACAUCACUCUAUCCAGCAUGCACCCCUUUCUUGCGGCAGCAGGGCCAGGGUUCCUUCCUGGUUACAGACUCCCGCUGUUACAGAGUGUAGACGUCUACCCAAUAAUGUGUCAGCUGCUGGGGGUGCCACCGGCGCCAAACAAUGGAUCUCUGUCCCAGGCACGCUGCUUCCUGGCUGGGGAGGGCUGUGUCGACGUCCCCCUAGUGGUGGGACUGGUGGUGGGGGUACUGCUGGUUCUCACCACUCUCACUGGUCAGUCUGCCUUAUUGUUUGUAUUACAUACAUUACAUUAUUAUCAUGUUUUUAUUGAAAUAUGUAGUUUUUGCAAUAGCCGAAAGACAUAGGAAAUGUAAAGGAGCACUACAACCCUCCUCUCUCUCAGGUCUGUUCAAGUUGUGGAGGCCACGGCGUCAGUCUUCCUCUCGUCCCUUCCAACGCAUCUUGAUACAGGACGAUGAUGAUGAUGAACCUCUGCUAGACUAAAGCAAUCAAUCACAGCUCCCAGCCCGACUAUACUGAUCAACCACAGAUCAGUAUGUCAUAACAACAAACCAAAGCUCACCACCAUGCUCCCAACAACCAAUCAGAACUCAAAUGGGAAUAAAUAGGGAAUAGAGUGUCAUUUCAGACACAGCCAUACUCUUUUACAAGAGUAAACAGAGCGGUAGUCAGAAUUCAGAUUUACACACUCCUCAUUCUGAGGUACAAUACUUAUGGCGUAUUCAAAUAAAUAUGUAAACUAUAAAUAAACAAAUAUUGAACCAUAAAUAGAUACAAAUAAAGAAAUAAGACACUAAAGAGAACAGUCAGUUGGGGUUACUUGAAUAUGUCUGUAUAAAGAGAAGCCAUCUAUAAUGAUAUAACACGUGUUAGAUAUUUGAAGAAAUGCUCUGUUUAUCUUUUUGUAAGACAAUCCUAAAAAGAAGAAUACAUGUUUGUUUGUUAAGAGAGCUUCUGGUAAAGGGAUGUAAAUCUGUAUUUUGAAGAGUUUAUUUCAUAAAGAGUACCGCUAUAUUGCAGUAGUAGCAGUAGUAAUUGUUUGAACAGCAGUGAUGGGUUUUAUUAGAUACUUUGUAGACUGCUGAGCCAGGGAGUGGAGUCAGAAACAGCACUGAAGCUAUGUGUCUGCCGUUUGUUAGUCAGUUAAUUUGAUUAUAGUUAGAAG